CGUUUGGAAGACGGGCGAUGGCUAGUGCCAGGCCGCCGGUGGUCCUCCACGGGGACGAUGCCGAGCCCGUGUGCGAGGCGCGGGCCAAGCAAACUCCCAGCCUUGGCGCCGCUGUGAGCGCGUUGCUGCACUCCUCCGCCUCCUCCGACCUGCGCUACGUGAUUGGGUCCGCAUCGCCUGACGCGGCGUCGCCGCUCGCCACGGCCCUCCGCACGCUCGAGGCGGCGGCCUGUGGCGCCGGCGGGUCGGCGGACGUGGCUGGCUGCGAGCGGCUGAUCGAGCUGGUCCUCGACUUUGCAGCAGGCAAGCCGAUCGCCGGCCGCCGCCACGCCCGCGCCUCGACGCUCCUCGAGUGGAUGCUCUCGCACACCGAUCUUGGACGUGGCUUUGUCGCGGCGCUGCGCGGCGUGCUCGACGCGCCCAGCUCCUCGCCCGGCCGUGCUCGCCUCCAGCUCGCGGCCGCCACGCUGCUCUCCUCCGCCGCAGAAGUCGAGCUGCGCCGCAGGCCACCCGCUGCCACGGCCUCUGCCACGGCCUCUUCCGCCUCCUCCGCCGCCUCCUCUGCCGGCAGCUCGGCUGCUCACCGCGGGUCGUGGCGGCUCACUCUGCUCCCCGAGCUGCGCCGCUGCGCGCUCGGCGCCGUCCGGGGCAGCCCGACCCGCCUGUCCGCUGCUGCGAUGGACGCGGCUCUGCUGUCUGUUGGAGUCGGCUGCGCUGCGGCCGUCCAACGAGCGGCGGCGGGACGAGAGGGAGGUGGUGGGGAGGAGCACGGCUCGCGCGUGCGCGUCUCGCCGCUCCUCGUCCGGGAAGGGGCGCUGCUGCUGCGCUGCACGCUCGAGUGGAGGGCAGCGGCAGCAGGCCGUCCUCCCCCUGCGGCAUCGGGCCUCUCUCCCGCUGCGCCACCAGGCCUUCCAGAGGGCGAGCCGGUCGAGGCCGGCGCGGUGGAGGACGUAGCGAGCGGCGUGGCGGCGGCGCUAGAGGCGGCGGCCGACGUUGCGGCGGCGGCUGCAGCGGCGGCCGCAGCAGCGGUGGCGGGAGAGGAGGAGGAGGACUGCGCGUCGUGGAGUUCCGGUGGGGGUGUGAUGCACGCGGGAGGGUCGCUCGCGCUGACGGCGGCGGCGGUUGCGGAGCUCGUUGCGGUGCCCGCGCCCACGCGUCUCUGCGGCCCGUCUCGAGGAGACGGGGAGGGCGCGGAGUUGGGAGGGGAGGAGGGGCGAGGGUGGGAGGGGCCGGGAGGGGCGGCCGUCGAGUGGGAGGCGGAGGCGGCGCUCCUCUGGGCCGAAGCGCUGCCUCUGCUCCGCUCCUCCCACCUGGCUCCCAGCUGCCUCGCUCCGCCCUCCGCCUCCGCGUCGCCCCGCCAACACAUCGACCGCACCGCCGCCGCUUGGCUGGCGGCGCUGGAGGCGGACGGCGAGGAGGGCGGGGGCGGGGGCGGCGAGGGCGGCGGGGCGGCUCGGCGGGGCGAGGAGGCGGCCCUCCAGCCCCUCAUCGACGCGCUCCACUCGACGAGCGCGGCGACGCCGGCCGCCGCCACCGUCGCCGCGAGCCUCGUCCUCGCGCACCCACGCGUCGCUCUGCCAGAGGCGAGAAGGGCCGCUAGGCCGCUAGCACAGGCACAGGCACGGGCACAGGCGCCGGGCCGUGGACCUGAUCCCUCGGUAGUGCGGCUCCUCGACUCGCCCCUGCCGACGCAGCGUGCAAACGGGCUCACCGUGCCUCGCCUCUCCGACGCGGAGCUCUCCUCCCGCGCCCUCGCCGCCGGCCUCUUUGACCGCCUCGAGCCGGCCCGCGUACUUCCUGCUGUCGCUCCGCUGCUCACCUCGCCGCUGGCUGAGGCCCGUGCCGCCGCCGCCGACGCCAUGUUUGCGUCGUUGUGCGGCGGAGGCGGCGCCGCGGCCGCGGCCGCUGUGGUCGACACACUCCGCGACGCGUCCGGUGCGCCAGCUGGCAUCGCCGCACCGCCGCGUCACCCGGGCGAGAUCGGGCGAGAUGCGUCGAGGUGCGGCGAGGCUGGUCCGGCGCAGGCAGCCCCCCUGCUUGCAGCGAGCCUCUCGAGCGGCAGCUGCGGCGGCACGCAGCAAGGCGGCCUCCCCGACGACGACGGCGGCGGCGAGGGCGACAGCGGCGGCGAGGGCGGUGGCGGCGGCGGCGGUCGGCUUGAGAGCCGCCUCUUGCGCGUCGUGUCGCGGUGGUGCGCACAGCUCGACGGCACCGGCUGGGCCUCUGCUCUUCGUGUCGUCGCCGCAAAGUUCUUCGCCAGCGCCGGCGAGCGCGCCUCGCUGCGCGUGCUGCGUUGCAUGCUCGCCCAAGCCGCCGCGCGGCCGCACCAGCGCGAGGUCUUCGUCUUCGGCUUUGCGAGGCUCCGCGCCGCCGCGCCCGCCCCGCCCGCCGCCGCCGUUGCUGCGGCGCCGCCCGGCGCGCUUGCCCGCGACGGCGACGCGGCUGCGCUGGCGCGGCUGCGCCCCCUCCUGCUGCUCAACCUGCUGCCGGAGGACGUUUGGGUGGACGCCGGCAGCGACACCGCCGGCGGGAGCGCCGCGGGCGAGGAGGCCGGCCGGGGCGUGUGGCUUGCGGAGGAGGAGGAGAGCGAGCUGCGAGCGCUGCUGCUGGCGCGCGCGUGCGAGGCGUCUGAGCUGCAGCAGGCGGCCAGCGUCACGUGCGAGCUCGGCGCCUCGCUAGUCUCCGCCGCGUGCGCCGAGCCACGCGACGCGGCGGCGGCGCAGCUUCAGGCGGGCUGCCGCGAUUGCAUCGCCCGCCUCGCACACGGCGAGGAGGCGGCCGCGGGGCUCGCUCGGCGCGCACUCCCGCGGCUGCUCGCGUGCGAGGGCGCCGCUGCCGCCGAGGCCAUCUUCGCGCUCGCCUACCACGCGGGCUCGGCGCUCGACGCGCCGUUCGCCCACCGGCUGCUGCUCCGCGCAGUGGCCGACUCUGAGGCGGCCGACGCCGCGGCUCGGCUGGGCGCGCUCAAGCUGCUCGGCUUGGCACUCGCCGGCGGCGGCUCCGAGGCGGUGUGGGGGCCGAAGCCCGAGGAACUGCUCCGGACGGUGGUGCGGCGCUUGGCGAGCCUCGCCGCCAUCGACUCGUCCCGCGAAGUGAGGCGUCUCGCGGCGUCGCUCGAGGCCGCUGCCUUUCGCGGCGCGCAUCCAAGCUGA